GAAUAUAGAGCCUUUCACCAAGGCAAGAAGUUUCUGCCAAAGACAUGCUGGCUUGUUCAAGAAAAUCCUGUUGAGCCUGUUGUGUUUGGCUUAUGCUGCCUACUUCCUGGCAGCUUGCAUUCUGGAUUUCCAGAGAGCACUGGCUUUAUUUGUCAUCACCUGUCUGGUGAUCGUUGUCCUGGUUUUCCACUUUCUGAAAAAGCUCUUUGGUGAAAAAUUAAAAAGAUGUCUGAAGCCCUUAAAAAACCCCCGCUUGAGACUUUGGAUGAAACGGGUGUUCGCAGGACUGUCUGUGGUUGGCCUUAUCCUGUGGCUGGCUCUAGACACAGCUCAAAGACCAGAGCAGCUGAUCUCCUUUGCAGGAAUCUGUAUGUUCAUCCUCAUCCUCUUUGCCUGCUCCAAACACCACAGUGCGGUAUCCUGGAGGACAGUGUUUUGGGGCCUGGGCCUUCAGUUUGUCUUUGGGAUUUUGGUCAUCAGAACUGAUCCUGGAUUUCAUGCAUUUCAAUGGCUGGGAGAACAGAUCCAGAUUUUCCUGAACUACACUGUGGCUGGCUCCAGUUUUGUCUUUGGGGAUGAGCUCAUUCAAAAUGUCUUUGCUUUUCAGUCCUUGCCAAUCAUCCUUUUCUUUGGAUGUGUGAUGUCCAUUCUCUACUACCUGGGCCUUGUGCAGUGGGUAAUUCAGAAGAUCACCUGGGUUUUGCAAAUCACCAUGGGUACCACCGCCACAGAGACACUGGCUGUGGCAGGAAAUAUCUUCGUGGGGAUGACUGAUGCACCUCUACUCAUCCGUCCCUACCUUGCAGACAUGACCCUCUCUGAAAUUCAUGCAGUGAUGACUGGAGGAUUUGCCACCAUUGCAGGCACUGUGUUGGGAGCCUUUAUAUCCUUUGGGAUUGAUGCAUCAUCCUUGAUUUCUGCUUCCGUGAUGGCUGCCCCUUGUGCUCUGGCUUUGUCCAAGCUGGUAUAUCCAGAAAUAGAAGAGUCCAAGUUCAAGAGUGAGGAGGGGGUGAAACUGUCUCGUGGGAAGGAGAAGAAUAUCCUGGAAGCUGCAAGCAAUGGAGCCACAGAUGCAAUAGGCCUUGUUGCUAAUGUAGCAGGAAACCUGGUUGCCUUUUUGGCUGUAUUGGCCUUCAUCAAUGCUACCCUCUCUUGGCUGGGGGAAUUGGUGAAUAUACAUGGGCUCACUUUCCAGGUCAUAUGCUCCUAUGUCCUAAGGCCCAUGGUUUUCAUGAUGGGUGUAGAGUGGGCAGACUGUCCAGUGGUGGCUGAAAUAGUGGGAGUCAAGUUCUUCCUUAAUGAAUUUGUGGCCUAUCAACAACUGUCUCAAUAUAAGAACAAACGUCUGUCUGGAAUGGAAGAGUGGAUUGAGGGAGAGAAACAGUGGAUUUCGGUGAAAGCUGAAAUCAUUACAACAUUUGCACUCUGUGGAUUUGCCAAUCUUAGUUCCAUAGGAAUCACACUGGGAGGCUUGACAUCAAUCGUGCCCCAACGGAAGAGUGACUUGUCAAAGGUUGUGGUCAGGGCCCUCUUCACAGGGGCCUGUGUAUCUCUUAUCAGUGCCUGUAUGGCAGGAAUCCUCUACGUCCCCAGGGGAGCUGAAACUGACUGUGUGUCCUUCCUAAACACAAGUUUCACCAACAGAACCUAUGACACCUAUGUGUGCUGCAGAGAGCUCUUUCAGAGACCUGACUCUCCAGAGGACUUGAAAUCCCUCCUAUGCGUUUCUUUCCAAGGAGCUGCUACCCAGAAGCUGUGUACUGGAGCUUCUCCAGAUUCUUUAGGGCUUAGGACCAUGUCACUGUGGACAAAAACAAUAAGCUUCAGAUGCUGACUGCACACCACAGUGGGAUCUACAGC